GUUCGCUAAGUUGAAUAUGGUUCGAGGUUUAAAUAAAAGUCAUUAGAAAUAUUAUGAUUCAACUAACUGAUUUAUAAUUAUGUAGAGUAAACAAAAAUGAUUUUGGUAAAUUAUCUAUCACAUGGAAAAUUACUUUUCUUCAUUAUCCAGGUUGAUUAAUUAUAAAUAAAUUUAAUAUAUAAUUAAAAAGUCCAUGGCGGCUUAAAUCAAUCACCACCGGUUUGUCUUCCCUGAAUAAACGCACAAGAAGAAGACGGGGCCCACGCGGUUUCGGAGGUUGGUAAUGAAUCGGGUGAACAGUUUACGGUUCCACGCCAGCCCAUCUCGAACGACCUCACUCCCUCUCCCUCUCUCUCUCUCUCUCUCUCUCUCUCUCUCUCUCUCUCUCUCUCUCUCUCUCUCUCUCGCCAGUCACGAAGCGUAACGGAUAUUGAAAUGGAACACGAAACCUCCCACUUUUCGGAUUAUAAAGCCAACCCCACCUAAACCGCAAACAAACAAACCAAUCCAACGAACCGCACCAGCUCCGUCCCUUCCCCGUCAAUCUCCCUAUACGACUCCCUAGACUGUGUCCUCUCUCUCCGUAUAAGAAGAAGAAGCAGAGGAUUAAGAGGACAAGAAGAACAGUCGGAUGAGAUGGUGAUGGUGGAGGAGAGCGACAAGGGGGAGCAGAGGGUGAAGGGGUCGUGGAGCCCGGAGGAGGACGCCGCGCUAACGAGGCUGGUGGAGCGGCACGGGGCACGGAACUGGUCGCUGAUCAGCGCGGGGAUCCCCGGGAGGUCGGGGAAAUCGUGCCGGUUGAGGUGGUGCAACCAGCUCAGCCCCUCCGUCCACCACCGCCCCUUCACCCCCGCCGAGGACGCCACCAUCCUCGCCGCUCACGACCGGUACGGCAACAAGUGGGCCACCAUCGCCCGACUCCUCCCCGGCCGCACCGACAACGCGAUCAAGAACCACUGGAACUCCACCCUCCGCCGCCGCCGCCGCCGCCGCGCGACUCCCGUUGCCCCAUCACCCUCGUCCUCGCCCCUCCCCCUCUCUUCCUCAUCUCCGAUCGCCACCGAGCCGGACUACUCGGAUUCGGGCUCGGCCAGGAAGCGGCAGCGCUCGAGCGAAGACGCCAACGGGGGCGGAUGCAGCUCGUUGGCGGCUGACCCCACGACGUCGCUGUCGCUGAGUCUGCCGGGCGACGGCGGGGGGACGGAGAGACGGUCGGACGGCCCGCUUGGAGAUGUGGAACGGCUGAGGGACAUGUGCUUGGUGUCGAUAAUGCGGCAGAUGAUCGCGGAAGAGGUGAGGAGUUACAUCGACAAGCUGCGAUCGCCGGGCGCCGUCGACGAUACGGUCUCCGUUGUCGUAAAGGCCGAGCCCCCCUCCGAUCGCCAGAAUUAA